AUGCAAGGUGCUAAUGCCGCUUCAAAAAUUGUUAAAACCGAUGUUAAGCAACAACCAUUGGAUGGCGGAUUUAAUCCCCAAUUACCUAUAACAAAUAUUGGAGGCUCGAAAAGAAUUGCUUGUAGUUGUCCAAAUUGUGUAAAUGGAAUAAAAGGUGGAUUAGAAAAGGGAAGACAACAUAUUUGCCAUAUUUGUAAUAAAACUUAUGGAAAAACGUCUCAUUUACGUGCACAUUUGAGGGGACAUGAAGGAAAUAAACCUUUUGCUUGCGAUUGGCCUGCAUGCCCACGCCGAUUCACUCGUAGCGAUGAAUUACAAAGACAUCGUCGAACUCAUACGGGCGAAAAACGUUUUACUUGUCCACAGUGUAGUAAACGUUUUAUGCGUUCUGAUCAUUUAACAAAACAUGUACGUACACAUAUUGGAGUAAGUCAAAGACCAACAACAGCAGCAUCUAAUACUACGUCUUCCAACAAUACAACAACAACAAAUGCUAAUAAUUCAAAUGCCAAUACAUUGCGAGCAGUUGGAAGUAAUUUAAUUUUGCAGCCACAACCAAUGACUACAAACACAACUAUAGUGGAUGAUAGGGGAAUUAAAUUGGAAGUUUUGAGUUGA